AGCAACGAGCGCUCGAGCGGCCCGCCAACCGUCGCCAACCGCCUCCGCGGAGCCGUUGAGUAUCGAACCCGGCGGCCCGUCGCGGCCUCCUCGGCGCUCGCGAGUCUGCCCUGCCUCCUCGCCCCCCCUCCCCGUCCCCCCGCCAGCAUGAACCCCAGCGCCCCCAGCUACCCGAUGGCCUCGCUCUACGUGGGGGACCUGCACCCCGAUGUCACCGAGGCCAUGCUCUACGAGAAGUUCAGCCCCGCCGGGCCCAUCCUCUCCAUCCGCGUCUGCAGGGACAUGAUCACCCGGCGCUCCCUGGGCUACGCCUAUGUCAACUUCCAGCAGCCUGCCGACGCUGAGAGAGCUUUAGAUACUAUGAAUUUCGAUGUCAUUAAAGGCAAGCCAGUGCGUAUCAUGUGGUCUCAGCGUGAUCCAUCUCUACGUAAGAGUGGUGUUGGAAACAUCUUCAUUAAAAACUUGGAUAAGUCAAUUGAUAAUAAAGCUUUGUAUGAUACAUUUUCUGCUUUUGGAAACAUCCUCUCUUGUAAGGUUGUAUGUGAUGAAAAUGGAUCCAAAGGCUAUGGGUUUGUACACUUUGAGACACAAGAAGCUGCAGAAAGAGCUAUUGAAAAAAUGAAUGGAAUGCUGCUUAAUGAUCGUAAAGUGUUUGUUGGAAGGUUUAAAUCUCGUAAAGAACGUGAAGCAGAGCUUGGGGCUCGUGCUAAGGAGUUCACUAAUGUUUACAUCAAGAAUUUUGGAGAAGACAUGGAUGAUGAGAGACUUAAGGAACUCUUUGGCAAGUUUGGGCCUGCCUUAAGUGUGAAAGUUAUGACUGAUGAGAGUGGGAAAUCCAAAGGCUUUGGCUUUGUCAGUUUUGAAAGACACGAGGAUGCUCAGAAAGCUGUAGAUGAGAUGAACGGAAAGGAACUCAAUGGAAAACAAAUAUAUGUUGGUCGAGCUCAGAAAAAAGUAGAAAGACAAACAGAGCUGAAGCGCAAAUUUGAACAAAUGAAGCAGGACAGGAUCACCAGAUACCAGGGUGUAAACCUUUAUGUGAAAAACCUCGAUGAUGGAAUUGAUGAUGAGCGCCUACGCAAAGAAUUUUCACCAUUUGGUACCAUCACUAGUGCAAAGGUUAUGAUGGAAGGGGGCCGCAGUAAAGGAUUUGGGUUUGUCUGCUUUUCUUCACCAGAAGAAGCAACCAAAGCAGUCACAGAAAUGAAUGGUAGAAUUGUGGCCACCAAACCACUUUAUGUAGCCUUAGCCCAACGUAAAGAAGAACGCCAAGCUCACCUCACCAACCAGUACAUGCAGAGAAUGGCAAGUGUGAGAGCAGUGCCGAAUCCAGUCAUCAACCCGUACCAGCCAGCGCCUCCUUCAGGUUAUGUCAUGGCAGCUAUUCCACAGAUGCAAAACCGUGCUGCAUACUAUCCUACUAGCCAAAUUGCUCAGCUCAGACCAAGUCCUCGCUGGACUACUCAGGGUGCCAGACCUCAUCCUUUCCAGAACAUGCCAAGUGCCAUCCGCCCAGCAGCUCCCAGACCACCAUUCAGUACCAUGAGGCCAGCUUCAUCACAGGUUCCACGAGUAAUGUCAACACAGCGUGUUGCAAACACAUCAACACAAACAAUGGGUCCACGUCCAGCUGCCGCUGCUGCUGCUGCUACUCCAGCCGUACGCACGGUUCCUCAGUACAAGUAUGCGGCAGGUGUUCGCAAUCCUCAGCAACACCUUAAUACACAGCCCCAGGUUGCUAUGCAGCAGCCUGCUGUCCAUGUCCAAGGUCAGGAACCUUUGACUGCUUCCAUGUUGGCUUCUGCCCCUCCACAGGAACAAAAGCAGAUGUUGGGAGAACGUCUUUUCCCUCUUAUUCACGCCAUGCACCCUACUCUGGCGGGUAAAAUCACUGGUAUGUUGUUGGAGAUUGACAAUUCUGAACUCCUCCAUAUGCUUGAGUCUCCUGAAUCUCUUCGUUCGAAGGUUGAUGAAGCUGUAGCCGUACUGCAAGCCCACCAAGCUAAAGAAGCUGCUCAAAAAGCAGUUAACAAUCCAGCAGGUGUUCCAAGUGUCUAAUAAGAUCUGGGACUACGCAUUAUAAUUUCGCUUCACCGAAGAAAAAUAUCUAAACAUGGAAAAACUACUAAAUAUUGAGAAAAACAUUGCAAAAUAUAAAAUAAAUAAAAAAAGGAAAGGAAACUUUGAAGCUUAUGUACACAACAAAAGCCAGGACUAGCAAAACUGUUGGUCCUAGAUUACCUAUUGAUUUAAAAUACAAAAAAAUAGCAAAAGUUAAAAAAACAAAUUAAUGUUUUAUAAACCCAGGAAAAGAAUUUUCAGCACAGUACAAAAAUUUAAAGCAUUCCUUUCUUUAAUUUUGUAAUUUACUGUGGAAAACGCUCAGAAUAUCACUACUGUUGUAGUUAACAGUAGGAAUUGAUAGCUGAGCAAAGAACCAUAAUUUGGAUUAUAAAAUUCUUGCUUUAAUAAAAAUUCCUUAAACACUGA